AUGGCGACUAAUUCAAACUAUCUAUCUGGAUCUGCCGACGCUGUCGUUGUCUCUGCACAAGAUGCCGCCAACAGUAGAACCAAACCGGUAUCGCCAAAGAAGAUUCUGAUCCAAAAGUAUCACGAGGAUCUCGAGGCUCUGAUGAUCAGAAACUACUCUUCUCGUCUAUUUCUGACAUGGAUCUACAAGAACUCUAGUCCACCAGUGCUCACACCCAUUCCAAAUAUCAAUAUUACAAUGCCAUCACCUUUGUCACUCCCAUUAUUUAUUCACCAGCAACAACAACCAAACAACUUUACUACCGAUACCAACAAAAUACUUUCUCCACUUACCACACCACUCGCUGAUAUCGAGAGAUACAUCAAUCGAUUGUUGGACACCAUCUCGAAUGUGAUCCAUUUCUUCUAUGUCCAGAACUGCAAGAGACACACCGAGUUGGUACAACAACAAUUCAAAAACAAUCCAAAUCAUAUUUUUAACAAACAAAACAAAACAAUUCACAGCAACAUCAACAAUAGUAAUAAUAAUACCGAUUACAACUCGAUCUUUGUUGGUUGCAUAUACUAUGCAGAUCUCUUUGUCAGAAAGAAUAGCAAGUCUUCCAUUUCCAUUUUAGAUAUUUUAAUUACAAGUAUUAUAAUCACAAUUAAGAUGUGGAUUGAAGAAAAGAUGAGUGUCAAUAAGUAUAUGUCCAAGAUUUUCGGAAUCUCGUUGGCACAUAUCAACCAACAAGAAAUCAACUUUUUGAAAUCGAUCGACUAUCAAAUCUAUCUUCAUGAAAAAGAUAUUAAAUUAUUCACCGAUAUAAUCCACAAAUCAUCUGUACAAAAAUCAUCAAAUGAAAAUGAUCAACAAACUAACAAUAAUACCAGUAGUAAUAACAAUAUACCAAAUAAUAUAACACAAUCGAAUAAUAAUAACUCAUUAAAAUGUAUAAACAAUAAUAAUAAUGAUAAUACUUCAUCAGUACCAUCACAAUCAGCAUCAAAUACACCAGUACUAUCACAAUCGUCUGGAUCCACUACCACCACCUGUAUUAUAAUUUCACCGGAUAUCAGAUCGUCUUCAUCCUCACCUUCCAUUGCACAACCAUCUUUAACAUCAUCUUCGUCAUCGUGUUUGACAACGCCAACCAUCAGAUAUAAUAAUAAUCAUUAUCAUCAUCAACAUAUUUCGUCAUCUGCAUCUGCAUCUGCAUCGCUAUCACCCAUCUCCAUUGUACCAUCUUCACCAAAUACACCACAACAUAUAUCAAAGCAGUCAGCAUUGCUACAACCAUCAACAUCAAACAAAAGAAAACCUCUAUUCCAAAAUAUAACUUCAACACCAAACAAACUAGAAUCAUAUACACAACAACCAAACUUAAAAGUAAACACACCUACUACUACACUUGUUCUUUGUUCAACAAGACACACACCAAACAACAUCAACAACAACAAUAAUAAUAAUAAUCAUAACAACAAUAUUAUAAUUACGAACAAAUCAAACGACUUGCUCAAUAAUAAUAAUAAUAACAAUAAUAUAAACACAAGCAAUGAAGAAGAUGAAGACUAUUAUAAUUUCGAUAUCAUUGAAGAACCAAGAAAAAGAAUAAAAGAGAUUGUAUCCUUUUAG